GGGCAAAUCCCUGACCUUGCACCUGCAACCUUCAUCAACACGCCGAUGACCGCUUCAGACCUGGGCACCCGCAAAAACAGUCCAGGCAAAAACAAUCAAUCACAACAAUCCCCUCCAUCUACGAUAAGAUCCGAUCCAUACCUACCGACUGCACGUCCACACCGACUGUACCAUAGACUUCCCGUCAACGGAUCUCGCACAACACUAAACCCCUUUCAAGAUGGGAGAAUCUAGGUGCGUAACCCCGCUUGUUUUCAACUGUUGGUUCCUUGGGCUAGCAUAUUAGGAUCAUUGAGCUGACAAUACGCUCUUUUCAGACAAGAACUGGUGGCAUGGCUCAAUAACCUCCUCCAACUCAACAUUACCAAGGUUGAACAAUGUGGAACUGGGUAAGGACAACACUAUUCUAGCGCGCACCCAAUCUCCCCUUCGCGAUAUGAUACCAGACGAUCUAGAAGCAAGGCUGAAGACUAACGACGAACUUUCGCAGAGCUGCCUUGUGCCAGGUCUUUGACAGUAUCUACCUUGAUGUGCCAAUGUCCCGAGUUAAGUUUAGCGUCAACACUGAAUAUGCGUACCUACAAAACUUCAAGAUCCUUCAAAGUGAGUCCGCCAGGCCAUAGAAUAAAGAAGGGAUAAACAACUGACCAUUUCCCCCUUUCUCCAGACUGCUUCACCCGACAUGGCAUCGACCGACCCGUCAAUGUUGAGCAACUGAUCAAGUGCAAGAUGCAAGACAACCUUGAGUUCUUGCAAUGGAGUAAGAGAUAUUGGGACCAAUACUUUCCAGGUGGCGACUACGAUGCCGUUGCUCGAAGACGAGGAUCCGGUGCACCACCCCCAUCAUCAGCCCCGGCUCCUCGAACCACGGCGGCAGCAAAGCGUGGUACAACCCCAACAACCGGUGGGCGAGUCGUAGGAAAGAUGGGUGGUGCCUCGGGUUCAGCCCUGGCCAAGGAGAAUGAAACUUUGAAGGAUACGGUACAAGGCCUGGAGCGGGAACGCGAUUUCUACUUCAGCAAACUCCGCGACAUCGAGUUACUUGUUCAGCAGGCUUGUGAGGAGGACCCCGAGAUUGAGAGACAGGAGGAUGGCUUAAUUAAGCACAUCCAGGCCAUCUUGUAUUCGACAGAGGAGGGAUUCGAGAUUCCGGCCGAGGCGGAGGUCGACGACCAGGAGACUUUUUAAACCAUAUUCCCCCGUUUCUUUUCUCUUCUUCGUAUUUUGCUUGAUGAUAUCUAUGAUUGGCGAGUGGAGGGAAGGGGAGAUUGCAAAAAUUGGGGCUGGAGGAUUGCUGGAGGGCAUCGAGAAGAAUACGCCUUUCCUGGCAUAAGUAAUGAAGUUGGGCACUCACUCGCUCGUCGUCGUCUCAGACGAGGAGGUUGUUGGUGCGGGGGUUUUUACAGUGGGAGGGAUUUCUCUUCUGCAUAUGGUAGGG